AUGCAGCUCAAUGCCAUUGUGCCCACCAAGCUGCAGCUGGUCAAAUUCUCUAAGCUCUCUAAGGAGCAAAAAAUUAUUAGUCCCCUUUCUCUUUAUGGGCAAGUGGUGAAUUCAAAGAGUUCCGGCCUUAUUCUAAAGUCCCCGAAAAGCUCCGACCCUAAAGGGCUGAUGACAUGCCCUGAAUUUUCGCUGGGCGGAGAAAAUAUCCGUGCCACCGUUGGUAUUCAAUGA